GGUGCACACUAUGUGAACGCUCAUAUACCUCAGACUGUCCGGAACACGGCCCGGUCACCUUCAUCCCUGAUGCUCCCAUCCAGAGCCGAGCUCGCCUCUCUCUUCCACGUCCACUGUGCCUGCGCAUCUCAGUGGCUGACGAACCUCUUGGAGUCUUUGCACGGGACGUCAUUCCUCCGAGGACCUGCUUUGGACCAAUAGUUGGCCAGCAUUGUAGCAGCGUGGAUCUCUCUGAUUGGCUAGAAAAGGACACACCUCAAAUAUGGAAGAUGUACCACAACAAUGUGCUGGAGUUCUACAUUGUGACGACAGAUGAGAACGAAUGCAACUGGAUGAUGUUUGUCCGCAAGGCGAGGACCCGCGAAGAGCAGAAUCUGGUGGCGUAUCCUGCCAAUGGUAAACUGUUCUUCUGUACAACCACAGAGAUCCACCCGGACCAGGAGCUGCUCUUCUACUACAGCAGAGACUACUGCAGGCUGAUGGGUGUUCCUCAGGUGCCUGAGGGUGAAAUCUGCCAAUGUGGCAAAGAGUGCUCCUCCUUCUCUGAGCUCAAGUCUCAUCUUAGCAACCAUAACGGUAACCACAGCCAUAACCAGCCUCCACACAGCCACAGCCCGUCGCAGCAGGACCACUCGCAGCAACAACCACCACCUCCACAGCAGCAGCAGCAGCAGCAACAAGAGCAGCAGCCACAGCAACACACUCACCAGGAAGAGAAGCUGACCAACGGAACCUCAAGCUCGUCCUCUUCCCCGUGGCCCUGCCACAACCACCCCACGGGGCAAACAAACAGCGACAACAGCAGCGGGGGCAGCAGUAGUAGAAACUCUAACAACCCCAGAGCAAAAGGCCAGGGUCAUGUGCGGGAGAAGAAAUUCAAGUGCAGCAUGUGUUCCCGGGCUUUCAUAACUUCCACUAAGCUCAAUGUGCACUUCAUGGGGCACGUAGGAAUGAAACCACACAAGUGUGAAUACUGCAGCAAGGCCUUCAGCGAUCCCAGCAACCUCAGGAUGCACCUCAAGAUUCACACAGGUCAGAAGAACUACAGAUGCACCGUUUGCGAGAAAUCGUUCACCCAGAAAUCCCACGUGGCGUCACACAUGCUCAUCCACACCGGUGCAGAGAAGCUCAAGUGCGACCUUUGCGACCGAACCUUCAUCAGGAAACAUGACCUGAAACAGCACAUGUUCUCUCACACGCACGAACGCCGGAUUCAGUGCCCCAAGUGCAACAAACACUUCCUCAAGACCAACCACCUGAAGAAGCACAUGAACUCUCACGAGGGCCGAAGAGACUUUGUCUGCGAGAAGUGCCACAAAGCGUUCCUCACCAAAUACCACCUCACGCGUCACCUGAAGAUCUGCAAAGGGCCCAAGAUGGAAAGAGUGUCCCGUAAGGAGCAGGACGUCGACGAGGAGGAAGACGAUGAGGAGGAUGACGACGGCAGAAGAGGAGGAGAGAGGCUCGUUGACUCAGCAAAUAGCGAGGACUGUGGUUUGGAUGUUGGAGGAUAUAACUCUGAGAAGUCCCUGUCACCCCCUCAUUGACAACACUGUGCCUCUUGAGAUGUUUUAUUUAUUUACUACAGUACCAAUGUUUACCUCUCUUUUUUUUUUUUUUGCCAAAUACUAGUUACUUUGUUAAAAUAUAACUGACAUUUGUCAAAAUUAAUACAAUUUAACUGCCACAUUUUGCAUUAUAAAAAUGUUAAAAACGUGUUUAGCCUCUCACAAGCAUAUCGCUGCUGCUAAAAUAACACUGGGUUACAAAAAGUAUUUUGUUGAAGGUGUCUGACUGAUUUAACUGAUUUAGGACAUUUUUGCAACGCUGAAUCCAAAAAUGACAUCUGCUUUUCUGUGUCAGGUCACGUUUUUAUGCCAACUCGAUUUUGAAAAAAUCGAUUUUGCCACUAAGUUGAUCAAAUUUUUUGACAUUAGCGAUUGAUUUAUUUUAGUAUUUCUCAUAUGAAAUCGGAUUUUAGAGGAAAAAUUUCAUUUUCUAAUCCUUUUCAUAAGCUAAAUGAUCCACAAGUUGAUGAGCGUAAACAUUUAUAAAGCUAAAUACAAGUACAUUGCAUUUUUCAUCAGCAUUGCUCAAAAUUCAGGGCUUGAACUUGCACUUCUUGGAGCUCCUGGAAUGAUCAGCAGCAGGUUUAUCUCUCUUCAGAGUCCAGCAGUAAUCAGCCAUCACGACUGCAUCCCAGCGUCCCUGAUGCCUGGUCUCCAUCUCUUUCUGAUAAAAUCACGUGACUCUAAUGUGUUGUUCAUAAACCAGGGGGUAAACUUUUUAUCUACAUUUAAUUCACCUACAAAUAUUUACAGUAUCAACUUGAAAAGGUUUCAGAAUUUGUUCAUUUCAGGAAAUAGAAAAAGAAUAUUGUACGAUACAAAGCAUAGAUACCCGCACAUGUACACAAAAUGUAAAAAACAAAAGUGCAUGUGGCGACAAAUCAAACUUUUGACCUCAUUGAGCAAAACCAAUGUAAUAUUUGGAUUCGGCACACUGCAGUUGUCCAAAAUCAGCUCAAAAAACUUUGACACCAAAAUGGGUGUAGACCAGUGUAAUCUUUGUCACAUUAGAAGCCAGCUGAUAAAGAUUUGAACAUACUUCUUUCAAGUUAUUUUCUCUUCAUUAACUCAGGCCUCUGUGAUAUUAACGGUUUUAGUGGGUUCACAUAAGCUCUCAUUUACUGGUUGUUUUUCUUUAAUCCUAAUUCCUCAGUUCACUCAAUAACACAACUGAUACAGAUUAGUAAUUGCAGAAGAAUGUCAGUUCUAAAAUUCUGAUAUUCUUGUAUAUUCCUGCAUUUUUUUUAUAUUAUUCUUGAUUAUAUGUAGUUGCUAAAUGGGUUGUGCUAUUUUUCUUUAUUUAUUAAUUUUGUAUUCUCUUCCCUUUAUUUAAUUCUGUCGUGUGUGUGUGAAUGGAAGCGAGCCUUUUGAAAUCAAGUAUCUGGGCAUUAAUGUGACAAUAUCCCACCUGGUGUGAGUGUUGACUGAAUGUUACAAUCAUGUUAUAGCUCCAUCUUAUCCGUUGCACAUUUUAAUAAAUGGAUAUUUACAGCUGUUA